AUGAGAUGGUGGGCUGUGAGGUAAUAAUAGAUGUCACAGUACUGGCCGAUGGGCAAAUCACUAAAUUUCAGACACUGGUGGCUUGAAGAAGUCAAAGCUAAGGCUACUUGAAUUAAAGUUUGGAGAUCUGGGCACGUAGCUCAUGCUUGACAGUAAGCCAUGGCAGCCGACGACAAAGUAGCCAUUUUAACCGAUGACGAAGAGGAGCAAAAAAGAAAGUAUGUGCUCGCUGACCCUUUCAACGGGAUUUCCAAGGAGCCAGACCCCCAAACCCAAAGCGAUACACCUUCGACGGAGACCACCACCACCAUUCCGGACGAGGAACUGGAUUGGCUCGAAAAGCACUGUGUCAAAGUGAACAACGAUCUCCUGAUCUCCAAAGUCUUUUAUUUUUUCUUUUAUGCUGCUUACGGUUCGCUCUACCCGCUGCUUCCUGUGUAUUACAAGCAACUGGGCAUGACGCCCAGCCAGAGCGGACUGCUGGUGGGCAUCAGGUACUUCAUUGAGUUCUGCAGCGCUCCGUUCUGGGGCGUGGUGGCGGACCGCUUCAAAAAAGGGAAAGUCGUCCUCCUCUUCUCCCUUCUGUGUUGGGUGCUGUUCAAUUUGGGAAUCGGGUUCGUCAAACCGGCUACCUUAAGGUGCAUACCAAAGUUCCCGCCGCCACUCUCUCCCACCAAUGCCAGCCACCUCUCGACGGCAACCACACAUAACGUCUCCCUUCCUUCGGCGUUGCCUACCGCCCGGGCUGCAUCACCGGAGGGCCGGAGGAAAAGAGACGUUUCUUCUUACAGCUUGGUGGCGGUGAGCUCAGCUCCUCCUCAAACCACAUUCCCUCUGACUACGCGGAACGUGUUGAGGGCCGAAGAGAGCGUGGUUACUCACAGUACUCCGAAAGGCAUCGUUACUGCCGGAUCGUUGGGGAAUUUAACCCCUCCGACGGUGCCUCCCGCUGCCACCACCAGGGCUGCCACUCUGGUCUACGACCACCAGGAAGUGGAGGCGAUCUUCCUGCUCAUCUUGAUGGUUGUUAUCAUAGGGGAGUUUUUCAGCGCUUCGUCGGUCACGAUUGUGGACACGGUGACCUUGCAGUACCUUGGCAAGCACCGAGAUCGCUACGGGCUCCAGCGCAUGUGGGGCUCUCUGGGCUGGGGCCUGGCCAUGCUCUCGGUAGGAAUCGGCAUUGACGCCACCCGCAUUGAUGUGCUCAUCGAAGGGCAAGGCUGCAAAGCCCCGGAGUACAAGAACUACAGGAUUGUUUUCAUCGUCUUUGGCGUGCUGAUGACGCUCUCCUUGAUCGUGGCCACCCAGUUCCGGUUCCACUACAACCACUACAAGCAAGAGGAGAACCAAAGCAAAGAAGGGGACAUCUCCCAGGCGGACAGGAACUCCUCCCACGACUCCUCCAACGAAACCCCGAGUGACACAAGCCAGUCGCCCUCCUUUAGUUUCUGGGACUUGAUAAAACUCCUCUGCAGUAUCCAAUAUGGCUCCGUGCUGUUUGUAGCUUGGUUCAUGGGCUUUGGGUACGGAUUUGUGUUCACCUUCCUUUACUGGCACUUGGAGGACCUGAACGGCACCACCACCCUCUUCGGGGUCUGCUCCGUCCUGAGUCACGUGUCCGAACUGACCGCGUAUUUCUUCAGCCACAAGUUGAUCGAGCUAAUUGGACACAUCAGAGUCCUGUAUAUUGGCCUUGCUUGUAACACAGCUCGUUAUAUUUACAUCUCCUACCUGGAAAAUGCUUGGACCGUUUUGCCUAUGGAAUUCCUUCAAGGUGUGACCCAUGCAGCCAUCUGGGCAGCUUGUAUUUCCUACCUAAGUGCUGCUGUUCCUCCCGAAUUAAGAACUUCCGCUCAGGGUAUUCUGCAGGGUCUCCACCUUGGCCUGGGCAGAGGGUGCGGAGCAAUGGUUGGAGGAGUGCUGGUCAACUAUUUCGGAGCUGCUUCGACAUUCAGAGGGAUAGGAAUGGCCUGUCUUGUGAUCCUAUUGCUUUUUGCUUUGAUCCAGUGGGUGGCAGUUCCUGAUGAGAAAGAAGAAAAAACCAUGCUGGCCGAAAGGAUCCCAGUGCCUUCCAGCCCCGUGCCCAUAGCCACCAUUGACCUGGUACAGCAACAGACGGAAGAUAUCAUGCCUCGGCCUGAGCCCAAGCUUCCUCCCAAGAAAACAAAGCACCAAGAAGAGCAGGAAGACGUCAACAAGCCUGCCUGGAGUGUCAGCUCUUCCCCGUGGGUGACUCUCGCCUAUGCUCUCUAUCAGAUCAAGGAAAUGGUCCAGCUCUCCAAAAGCAACCAGGUGCUCGAGAACCAGCCUUUGCAGAAAGCCGACGGUAGUCACGACUCUGCACCAGGCGUCCCUCAGAAUCAAAGCAGUGAUGCGUCUGCAGAGACUUCUGUACCUACGGCAGCUCCUGAAACCCAUCUCAGCCCAGGCUGCCCUGAUCCAGACCCAGCUCCUGCAGAUUGCAGCAGGGCUCAGCCUCCCAAGGCUGGGCAGGAAUAGGGCUUUGCUUCCUAUCUUCAUCUUUGCUGCAUUGGAUCCUGCUGUUUGCGGGGAGCUGAGAGGGAUGCUGAAACGAAAAGCUCGAAACUGCAGCUCCCUUCACCUCGGCGAUGGUAACCUGACACAGCACGCAUUUUUAAACAUUUAAGGUCUUUUUCUGUGUCAAAGCCCAAUGGGCCUGUGGCAGGAAGGACUAAAAACCUAGGAUGGCUAGGCCAGAAGAGGCCGCCGUCAAAAAUAACGAGCAGAGGAGUUAAAAUAUUCCACACAAAACGCUUUUCAACCUUUGCGGGAACGAGGUUUGGGGGUCCAUUUGUGCGUAAACAAAACGGAAAUCUAA